UCCCUGGACCCCCCAGGCAGUCAUGGGCUGUUGCAUAGGCUCCUCCUGAUCCCUUUGACCAUGCAAAACCCCAUCUUGGCUGAAAAAUUUCAUUCACUCUCUCUCCCAUUUCAGAAAAAAUGGGUGGCUUCCUCGGCGCGUCAAGGCGACAGUCAGUGUACACCUCAGAGGUUCUUCCAGCUUGCCAGAUGAGAUUCCUGAAUAUCUGUCAGAAUGUCAGAUGAUUUGAGGAAACAGACAGAGUCCAGUACAUCCCAACCAAUGGCAGGAGUAAAAUGUUCAAGAAAAAGAAGUAUUGGUGUGAUUUCAAAGGAAAAUUACGACUGCCUUAGAUUAAAACUUGAAGGAGGUGACAUUCCCAAGGAUAGCAAGACUGUCAAGUUUUACUAUGUCUGCCAAAAAAUACGGAAGUUCAAUUUAUCUUUGACAGAAAUUCACAACCCUGUCCAAGGAGAAUAUAGACUGGAGAUUAUUGAUCGGGACAGGAAAAUAGUGAUAUCAAAGUCAGAACUUGAUAAUGUCAUCUGCAAAUUUUACACUGAGUUGCGGGGUUCUGGAGCAAAGAAAAUAAGAACAUUGAUAAACCAGUAUUAUGCUGGCAUUUCUCAGGAAGCCAUACAAGACUUUAUAGACAGGCAAGAUGACAGGCAACUGUUACGUCCUAAAUUUGUUAAUGCUGCCAAACUAAAGCCGGUGAUCUCAAGAACACCAAUGGGGCGACAUCAGGUUGACCUUGUGGAACUAACUGGAAUGCCUGCAGAAAAUGAUGGUGAAACAUUCAUUUACAUCUUGUCUGUAAUUGAUGUUUUCACAAGAAUCUUGUGGCUUCGGCCUCUUUCCAACAAAAGAGCCUGUUCAGUGGCAUUGGAACUCCACAAAAUCUACUUUGAGUAUGGAUUGGGAAAUCCAAGAAUCUUACAGUGCGAUAAAGGCUCUGAGUUUAAAGGAGCAGUCAACCAACUCUGCAUUGAAAUGGGAACGAAGAUUGUCCGAAGUCGGGCUCACCAUCCCCAAUCUCAGGGAAAGAGUGAACGAUCACACCGGGAUUGGAAAAGCCAUCUGGAAUUUGAUCACAGCAAACAUGGUGAUGGAGAAAGCUUCAACUGGGUGGAAAAGUUGCCAGCAUAUGCUAGAAUACACAAUGAAAGCAUUCAUUCUGCACUUGGUUGUUCACCAUACAAGGCCAUGCUGGGCUGCCCUCCAGUACACUUCAAGAAUGUGUUGAGAGCUGGGAAUACAGUUGAUGCAUACUCUUGCUCUGAAGAAGAUGAGCAGUGCGAACUAUCUGCAGGGAGUGAUGAGGAUACUGGAGACGAAUAUGGCUUUAAUGAGAGAAUAGAAGCAAUCACAAACCUCAGGAAAAAUGUGCUGCAGGCGUCACUGACCAAAUCAUCAGAAAUGAUUCAAAAACACCACGAAAACAAGGACACAUCAGUGUACAAGAUAGGGGAUGAAGUUCUGGUGAGGGUUCAUGGAAAAGAUACCAGAGUCAAACGAGGUGGGCCCAAAAAAGGGAUGAAAAAAUGCAAGGAAGGAACUAUUGUCGAAAUAGAUUCCCAGAACUCCCAAUUCAAGGUUGCCUAUCCAAACAAGCAUGUGCAGUGGGAGCAGGUGUGUGACAUUACUUCUCGGACAAGAAAAGAAGAGAAGAGGAGAAGAAUGAGGACAUAUGAAGAUGCUCUGCCAGAUGCAAGAGAAGAGGCUAGAAAGCUACUCAAAAGGGGAAAAACACAGGAUGAAAAAGGAAAGGGAGAACAACAGGCUCAAACCAAGAGGAGAGACAAUUCAGAAACAAAAGGUAAUAUCUGAAUACAGAUGGGUACGAUCAACAAGACUUAUCAAUCCUAGAUGCAUAAUUAUAUCUGUUGGAAGGAGUACACAAAUUCUCCAUAUAAUGUUGUGUCAGUUGCUCAUAUGUCUUCCUGUAUAUCAUGCACAUCUGAAAUGGUUCAUUGUCUCAGCUGAAAAAUACUACAUCAGUACAUGUAUUGCAGAACAUUACAGUUGUUUCCAUAAAAAACAAUAUACUAAGAGAUAUAUUACAGGUCAAUUUGUGUUACUUAUAUAAUGCGUCUAUGCAGGACGCCAGAAGACGUCAACUAUGAAAGAACUGGAGAUGGAGGCCUCAUUCUAUGACCUUGACAUUGUGGACAAUGAAGGGGCUGGUAACUGCAUGUUUAUUGCAUUGGCUCAACAGCUUCAAAUACAUGACAUUGACAUAAUCAGCCAUAAACAUCUGCGAGAAAAGGUUGUGCAAUAUGUGCAGGGCAAGCAGUGUCUGUUCAAGGACUUCGUGGAUAAAAACCAUUAUCCAACAUUCAGAGACUAUAUCAUCAAGAUGAAGAUGUUGGGGGAAUGGGGAGACAACAUCAUUCUGCAGGCAACAGCUGACCUCUAUAAGAGAAAGAGACGGAAGCAGCUAAUGACACCAAAAUGGACACAGAAGAUGAAUCAGAUUCAGAUUCAAAGUAUCCAAUCAACACUGCUGUAUGGGAACACAAGGCAUGUCCAAACCCAAUGCAACACCUACAACAAGACAUUUCCUGAUUAUUGUGUCAGUUGCUUAAUGAUAGAUCCAUUAAUGUUUUCAGUAUGAAAUAUUAACCAAAGAUGAUUUCAGAUGUACUUUUGUUUUAAUA